AUGUCACCAACAAUACUGUUUUAUUUAUUGAUGUUGUCAACAAUAACGGCGGCGAAGACUACGGUAGAUAGAACGUACAAAAUCAUUGUAAAAAAUAACGUAUCGAAAUCGGUGGAAGAUGAAAACUUGAGAAUUAUUUUGAAUUACGUUCGAAGCAAGCAGAUAUUUUCUUCAUCGAUAUUUUGUCUCGUUUCUUCCGAUGAUCGAUCUAAUGUCGUACAUCUUUUAUCCAAGUACGUAGCGAGUGAAUCUAUUGUUAGCUACAAAAUCACAACAAACAACUUGUCACGGAAAUAUACGUGGCAGAGUCGCGUUGAUCUUACAUGGAUUUUCAUCAUCGAUAGUAUGAAUAUUUUGAAUUUUUUUGUACACAAACAAAGCCAUAUCUGGAAGGCUGUCAAUCAAUAUUUAAUAAUUGUCACCACUCCAAAUACGAUUUCGCCGGGAGAGAUUUUUCAGACAGUUUGGAAGAUCUACGGUGUCUAUAGGAUCGUCAUUAUUUCGAUAGAAGACGAUUUUCGAUGUCUAAGAAGAUAUCUACCGUUCGAAAAGAAUCGACAAAACAAAUACGGUGUCAUACGUAAGAUUUGUUUAAUGGACCAGAAAGAUAAUGUCGAGCUCUAUACCAACUUUGAGAACUUGAACGGAUAUCCUAUACACGUGGUCAUGUUCUCACCUUGGAAAGUUACAUUCGACAAUGAUACGAAUCGUUCGAAUGUUAUUAAAAAUUUCGACAAACUGGACACGAAAGCGAAGUGGUUGUUGGAGCAAGCAAUGGGAACUGAGUUUCAUAUCACUGAGCUUCCUUCGGUCAACUCAUUUAACAGAAGUUAUGAUCCAUUUCUUCGUGCUCUUCAAUACAUUGAGGAUGGUGAGUCGGAGAUAAUCAUUAUUAAUUUCCUUGUUCACGAAUAUAAGGGAUAUCGAAGGUACGAAUUCACAGCUAGCCUUUAUGAGGACAAGCUAUGCUUGAUCGCACCCACAGCUGGUUUCGUGCCGAAAUCAUAUAUGCCAAUAAUGUCAUUCGCGUCUAAUCUGUGGGUGGCUCUCGCGAUAUACAACAUUCUCGUGUCCGUUCUAUGGUUCCUCAUAAAAUACUACAGCGUUUCGUUUCGUCGACGAAAGGCCGUUCUCCUCCCCUUGAUAAGAACGACAGGAUACGUUCUUUCACAGCGGUCGGAUUUACCACUGAGAAUACAUCCUUACGUUUCGUCGUGCUUCGACCUCGUCGAAACCUCGUGUUACCCGUUGAAGGAGGACGGUGGUAGCGCUGGUAGCACGACCGCUCAGAGAGCCUUUUUGAUCGGCACGCUUUUCUUCGGACUCAUCGUCACCAGCCUCUAUCAAAGUUGUCUGAUGUUCAGUUUGAGCAAUCCCUUCCAUUAUCCUGAAUUAAAUACUUUGGAAGAUAUCGCUUGCUCGAAUUUUACUAUCAUUACCAAGUAUAACAACUUAAAGGAGAAUACGUUUUCGGGGACUACUACUCUGGAUAACAAAUUGCGGAGUAAAGUUGAAUUGUUAAAUUCUGAUAAGCUUACCUACGACUUCGUGGCCUUUGGUAAGAGAAUGAUCGGCAUCGUUCGUCAAUCGGUGGUCAAUUUGGAAGAUAUGUCUAAGUACUACGAUGUAGACGGCAACAAUCUGCUCCAUAUAGUCGAAGAAUGUCCGACCACUUCGACGUUGUCUUACAUAAUAAGGCUUCACUCACCGUACCGAGAGAGAAUCAACGAAUUACUACUACGAAUGCAGCAAAUGGGUUUUGUUCGUUUGUGGUAUGAGCAAGUGGCUUAUCCGCCGUACGUGGCUGAGCAGAAAAGAAAGAUGGACAAGAGCGAGAGAAAGAUUAAACUGACAAUGGAGCAUUACUCCCUUACUUUCAUCGGGCUUACGAUUGGUUUACUUUCUUGCAUCCUGGUGUUUCUCGUGGAAAUUUAUUUCGCCAAGAAAUCAUCAUACAAGUCACUGUUUCUUCAGUAA